GUCCAUUCAUGAAUUCAACAUGGAGGAGCUGGUGGUGUAAAAAUCAUGGCUGUGAAAUGUUGAAUCGGGUCCGGGGGAGGCGAUAAAGUCAUUGACAGAGUGUUGUGGAUGAAUUCAUGAACGGAAUGCGGUAAACUGAGUCUCGCGACUAGUUAAACCCUCCGAGCAGCUGGUGACGGUUUAACUGUGAUGCAUGAGUUUGCACUUGGCUGAGCUGCUCGCGCUGACCAUGCAAGUGUGUCAGGUUGGUGAGUUAAUGUGAGCUGUGUGUGUGUGUGUGUAUGUAUGUGUAUGUGUGUGCGCCAGCUAACGCAGAUGGACACUGGACAAGUGACCGGGGUGUACGGAGAGGUCAACAGUCUCCCUGUGCCUGUUUCUGCCCAUGUGAGUGAAGAGCAGCUCCCAGAGACCCGGACAUACACCGUGACUGCUGAGUGGACACAGAAUGACCUGGUCCGAGGAUCCAGACUUCGCUUCUCGCAGCAGUGGAUUCUGAUCACAGACAGCAACGACCACAAGAGCAUCAGGACUGUUCUCCCACCUGGACCCUGUGUACCUGUGUCUGGAGAGUUACUGAGUGAACUCUCUCCUGUUCGAGGCCGGAGGGCUGUUGUCAGAGAAACAAGUGGCCACCAGCUCCUCGAGAUAUGGGACCACCACGGCCUCAGGAAAUCCCUCAACCUGACGGCUCUGGACAAACACGGCCGAGUGUACGAUGAUGCUCAGUUUGGCUGUCUGUCAUGGUCAGAGUGUGAGAAGAAACUGCUGUAUAUUGCUGAGAAGAGCAAGAACACAUCAGCAGAAACACAGGAUGGGGAAUCUACAUGCAAGAAGCCCGCACAGGACAGGAAUGUGUACUGUGAGGACUGGGGUGAGGCUCUGACCAAUAAGAGUGUUCCAGUGAUUUGUGUGGUGAAUCUGCAGAGCGGCUGCAUCAGUGUUCUGCAGGACAUCCCGCCUGAUGUCUCACCUGGACAGGCUCUGUGGGCUCCUGGCAGUCAGUCAGUGUUUUUCGUCGGUUGGUACCAUGAACCCUUCAGACUCGGACUGAAGUUCUGCUCCAACCGCAGGUCAGCAUUAUUCAAGCUUGACCUGGAUGGAAACUGUGAAUGUCUCUCUGGAGACAACCUGUCAGUGUCCUGUCCCAGGCUGAGUCCAGAUGGGUCCACGCUGAUCUACCUGCAGGGCCGAGUGUUUGGUCCUCACAACCAGUGCCUCAGUCUGCAGCAGUUGGACCUGAAGAGUGGGAAGACAUCCACACUGUUGGAUGUUGUCAACAGACCACAGACUGGUGAGUUUGCAGGUGUGUACGAGGCUCUGCCCCCCUGCUGCUGGUCUGCAGACAGUCAGAGAGUGGUGUUCAGUAGCGCCCGCAGAAACUGGAAGGAUCUGUUUAUGAUCGACAGGACAUCGAACAAAGUUACCUCCCUCUCUGAUAGUCUCUCUGAUCUUUCCAAAGUUUAUGGCAGCUGGAAGCUGCUCACUGUCCAGAAGGACCUGAUAGUCGUCUGCUGCUCCAGCCCUAACAUACCUCCCACUCUGAGGGUGGGUUUCCUCCCCUCAGCAGGUGAGGCUGUGACCUGGGGAACCCUGCAGCAACCCAUCAUUACCUUUGACUUCCCCUGGACAGUUCUAGAUAUUAAACCACCACCAGAGGAGGAGAACACACAGUACUCUGGUUUAGACUUCGGGGCUGUCCUGGUGAAACCAUCACGCCCCCUCCAUGAGGCCAAGAUACCUCUGGUUGUCUUCAUCCAUGGUGGCCCCCACUCUCAGUUCCCAGCAGUGUGGAACAGCACCACAGCUGGACUGGCUAAACUCGGCUUCGCUGUGCUCAUGGUGAACUACCGGGGAUCUACAGGGUUCGGCCAGGACAGCAUUUUGUCCCUGAUUGGUCAGACUGGAAGCCAGGAUGUAAAAGAUGUGCAGACGGCCGUGCUAACUGUGCUGCAGAGGGAUGUCACCCUCGACCCUGAACGGUUGGCCGUGUUUGGUGGUUCUCACGGGGGUUUCCUGUCUUGUCAUCUGGUUGGUCAGUACCCAGAGUUCUACAGAGCAUGUGUGGCCAGGAACCCUGUCAUUAAUGCUGCUACUUUGUUGGGCACCAGUGACAUAGUUGACUGGCGCUACACCACUGUGGGGAUACAGUAUUCAUACGACCAGAUCCCCACUGCUGAGGCCAUGGCUACUAUGUUAGAGAGGUCACCCAUCACACAUGCUGCUCAGAUCAAGGCUCCAGUGUUGCUGAUGCUGGGGGGCAGAGACAGACGAGUGUCUCCUCACCAGGGUCUGGAGCUCUAUAAAGCGCUGAAGAGCAGAGCAUCACCUGUCAGAUUGUUGUGGUUUCCAGACGACGGACAUUCUCUGUCCAGAGUGGACACACAGGCUGACUGCUUCCUCAACACAGUGCUGUGGCUGCAGCAGCAUCUCUGAAGUCACACACAGCUACACACACACACAAACUGUGGUGAAGCUUUACUGAGGGAGUUCUGCCACGGUUCAACUUCCUCAUGAAAGAGGAUAAAUUAGUUAUCUUGCAUAUACCUUUGCCAUUUUAACAGCAAAAACACAUUCUGUAUGUUACAAUGUAUUCAAUUUUGGUAACACAUUUCUAAAUCAAAGCAUGUAAUAAAACAAAAUCUUACAAAACCUGUA